AUGGCUGGCAUCGAUUACGCCUGGCCAAUUCAAGUGCGUACUUCUAAGGGCCGAGGGCAAAAAUCAUAUAAAGGUUAUGUCGCAUUGUUUAUUUGCUUUGCUACGAAGGCUGUACACUUGGAGGUCGUCAGUGAUCUUACUUCUAGUGCUUUCAUCACGGCCCUCCGUCGUUUCGUGAGUCGUCAAGGAAUCUGGAGGAACUUAUACAGUGACAAUGCUACAACGUUUAGAGGAACCGAUGCCGAUUUGAAGAAGAUGUUUCAUGCAGCCUCUGUAUUCUACUCAACGAUUGCUGCUGCUCUUGCUAAUGACGGGACUAUGUGGAUGUUCAUACCACCUAACACCCCUCACUACGGCGGCUUGUGGGAAGCUGGCGUCAAGUCAACAAAACAUCUCAUGAAACGAGACAUCGGCGAGCAUACCUUAACCUUCGAGGAACUCUCUACAGUCAUGACCGAAAUUGAAGCCUGUUUAAACUCGCGACCGUUGUGUCCAUUGAAUACCGACCCAGCCGAUCUGAAUGUGUUGACUCCAGCGCAUUUCCUCAUAGGUGAUACAUUAGUUGUCAUCCCUGACGAGGAAUCUCCGAAUGUUCCCGAGAAUCGACUAAAUCGCUAUCAACUGAUGCAGCGAAUGAGAAAUCAGUUUUGGAAGCAGUGGUCUACUGAUUACCUACAACAUCUACAGGAGCGAGGAAAAUGGCGAAAUCCUAAUGAAAAUUUCAAAGUAGGACAAUUAGUGCUGAUUAAGGAUGACCGAUACCCCCCUUCCAAAUGGCCACUAGGCCGUAUAAUCGAAGUACAUCCCGGUCCUGAUAAUUUAGUGCGGGUAGUCACGGUCAAGACUGUAAGCAAUUUAUUACGCCGGCAUAUCGCUCGUAUGUCGCCCCUUUCUCUCGAACCACCGGACAAGGGAACCUUGGGAUCCAAGAUGUAA